GUACAUUGUUGGAAAAUAGUAUCUCAGGAUGCAACGUGCAUGUUCUUGCUGUCUUCCUGAUAUGCAUACCUUCUGUAACUUCCAUCCUCUGCUCGUGGUAUCCUCAGUUUGCUUCCCAUCCUGAAUUAUUAUACAGGCACCCGUGCAGCAAAAUUCUUCCCAUAAAAAAGUAAACAAGGAGGUUGUAAUCUUGAGAUGAAAGAGUAAAGUUACGGAGGAGCUACAGAAGCAACUCAGAGACAAAUGGGGAAGGCAUCAAAAGGCAGGGAUGCCUAAUGAGCUGAAAGGACUCAAACUCAUGGCCUUUGAAAGCAUUUCCUCUCAGUCCUACGGUGGCGGCUUCAAAAACAAGUCCUUCAAAAGAUGGCCCAUGAAUAUGGAAGUGCAUCAGGACAGAAGGAACUUUCUGAAAAAUAGAUAACUGAACUGACUAAAUCCAGUUUUUAAUAUAUAUCUUGUUUUUCCUAUCUGAUUGGUGUGAAACAAUACUAAAGCUACUCCACCAUCUAAGUUGAGCAUGACUUUGGGUGGCUUUUAGGCAGUGGUAGGAUUCAAAUAAUUUAACAACCGGUUCUCUGCCCUAAUGAUUUCUUCCAACAACCAGUUCACCAAAUUGCUCAGUAAGUUAACAACCGGUUCUCCCGAAGUGGUGCGAAUUGGCUGAAUCCCACCACUGCUUUUAGGACACAUCUGUAUAAUAUUCUGGGCAACAGUGGAAAAGUGGACUGCUGUUACCUUCUUCUGGAAUAUUUUUCUUUCAACGUGUCAGUGUAUCUACACACCAUUCAUGUCCGAAGCAGAACUAAUCCUGCUUAGAUUUUGAUCCCCAAGAAGGUCAACUACUUGCUAAGACAAUGUGAGAUGGAGCUCAAAGCAAAAGUUGUCUAUUCUACUUAUGGUUAAAUCCUUCUAUUGGGGUUCACUCAUGGAAGCCACCAGCCAUUGGAAUACUGGCUUCUUUAAUGGCAGCAGCUCUGGGGUAGCAUUAAGGAACGGCUCCAAUUUCAGUUCCCAGUUUACUAGUGUGCAGCUGAUCCAGUCUUUCAAACCUCUGAUCAUCCCCUGCUACACCUUGGUGGUGCUUGUUGGCAUUUUUGGAAACUAUCUUCUUCUGUAUGUCAUCUGCAAGAUCAAGAAAAUGCACAACGUCACCAACUUCUUCAUUGGAAACCUGGCCUUCUCAGAUAUGUUGAUGUGUGCAACCUGCAUCCCCUUUACCCUGGCAUAUGCAUUCAACCCCCAGGGGUGGAUCUUUGGGAAGUCCCUGUGUUACUUUGUGUUCCUGAUGCAGCCCAUGACUGUCUAUGUCUCUGUUUUCACACUUACUGCCAUUGCUGUGGACAGAUAUUAUACCACUCUGCAUCUCCUGAAGAAACGUAUCUCAUUUACAACUUGUGUGUACGUCAUUGGUGGGAUUUGGCUGCUCUCAUGUGCCCUGGUAGCUCCAGCUGUUGCUCACACCUACCAUGUGGAGUUCCAGAAGGAAGGCUUUGCCAUUUGCGAGGAGUUCUGGAUAGGAGAAGAGAGGGAGCACCUGGCUUAUGCUUACAGCACCUUGAUCAUCACCUACAUCCUGCCUCUUUCAGCUGUCUCUCUCUCCUACAUCUGCAUCACCAUCAAGCUGAAGAACCGUGUCGUUCCAGGUCAUCCAACACAAAGCCAGGCAGAGUUUGACCGCUUGAGAAGAAGGAAGAUCUUCCGCCUCCUGAUAUUGGUGGUGGCUGCUUUUGCUGUCUGCUGGCUCCCCAUUCAUGUCUUCAACAUCAUCCGCGACAUCAACAUUAACCUCAUUAACAAAGAAUACUUCCUUCUGUUGCAGUUGCUCUGCCACUGGUUUGCCAUGAGCUCUUCCUGCUAUAAUCCUUUCCUUUAUGCCUGGUUGCAUGAUCGCUUCCGAAGUGAGUUGAAAGAAAUAUUUACCUUCAGGAAGAAGAUAAUCCCUGCCAAUAAUUGUGUUGCAGUCAGUGUUAUGCUUUAGUUAUAGAUUAAAUUCCUGCAUCAAGUAAGUAAGGCAAAGUUUGUUUUGAGUUGAGUUCAAUUGCUCAUGACUUCACAAAGAUGUUCCUAUAGUUUUCAUAUAGUAAAAGGCAUAUAUGUACACGUAGGAAUAGAUUAUUGUUCUGUGCUUCAGAUAUUUUGAAUUACAAAUCUAGUUACCCCAAACUAGAAAUGGCUAAUGUGGUCAGGUGUCGGGCUAACCCCAAGGAUAAUGAGGAACAAUUCCAUCAGAGUUCAGUUCUUUACUUGCUUAGAGUCACAGACAGAAUCUUGACAGACGAAACCCUUACUAUUCCCUUCCUAAUGGAUACACACGGAGAGAUUCUAGAGCAGUGGUCCCCAACUUUGUGGCUUGACGUCCUGGCAGGGGGGAGAGAGCAGAACUGGGUCAAGCAAGCACUGGGCCAGUGCAUACACAUACACUUGCAUGCAGCCCUUGCACAAGAGGCAGGUGGGUGUGCAAGCGCACAGCUUGACUUUUGCGAGUAAUGACCUGGCAUGCAUAUGCAUGAGUGCCCACAGCCAGCCUGCCAUUCAUUCAAGUUGAGCUGCUCAUGUUCUAGCCAGUCGCUUGCAUGGCCCGACUAGGCUACAGUAGAGGGCCAUGACCUGGGGUUUAGGGACCCCUGUUCAGGGGUGAAAUGCUCCCAGUUCGGACAGGAUUGCGCGAUCCGGUAGUGAUGGGGGCGGGUAGUUCAGAAAACCAGUACAAAAAUCCCUGCCCACCCCCACCCCCAAUCGCCCGAUCCCCACUUGCCUACUUGCUGCUUCUUUCGGGCUCGCUCCUGCCUUGCUUUGCUUCGGCUGCUGCAAUCAAUUGCAUCAGCUAGCAACUGAAUCUGCCUGCCUGCAAUCCAUCUCGUCAGUGAGCAACUCAAUCUGCCUGCCUUGUCCCUUGAAUUGGGUAAGUAACUGGGGGGGGGGAGCUUUUAAAAAAUAGUUAAUUGGGUUUUUUUUUAAGGGUUUUAUUUUUUUAGACAUAGCAAUUAACUUUAAAUUGCUACGUCUAAAUUUAAAAGGAAGUUUUAAAUUUAACUGCUUUUAUCUAAAAAUAUAAAUAAAAUAAAAUAAAAUAAAAUAUUUGUGCAGCUUUCUGAGAUUUGGUGUGUUUCUAUAGUGUUUCACUCUAACUACACAAACACACAAAAUCUCACAAAGCUGUAUGUGGCAUUUUGUGUGUGUGUGUGUGUGAGUGAGUGAGUCAGUUGUGUUGUGGUGUGUGUGUGUGUGUAAAGUGUGAAAGUUAGUUUUUGAGCUUUUUGUGGCUAUGUGAGGUUCCUGCUUGUUGCAGGAGCCAUUUUGGGUGAAGUGCAGCUGCUUUUACAUUGUGCAUGAGUCAAUUGUGUUGUGUUGUGUUGUGUUGUGUCUGUGUGUACCUCUUAUUGUUUUGUAUACUUUGUUUAUUAUUUUUAUUAUUUAUUGUUAUUGGCCACGCCCACCCAGUCAUCUGACCACCAAGCCACGCCCACCAAUUAAGCCACGCCCACAGAACCGGUAGGGAAAAUUUUUAGAUUUCACCCCUGCCCCUGUUCUAGGGAGUAGCUUUUCCAACUCUUUUCUUCUAUCUCCUAUCCAGCUUCAGGUUGUGCUGCCUCUUGUUUGAUCCUUUUUUCCCCUUUUAUUAUUAAAAAUAUUUCAAUAAAAAUUAGAUUUAAAACAAUGAAGAAAAUCAGAUCAACUGAUUUAAAAUACCUUCUGAAUUGACAAAAAGCAAAAUGCCAAAUUUAAAUACUAGACAAUGGAUCACCAUGAAACUUUUUAAAAGCAAAUCUUUACAAAAAAUUACAUAUAGCAAAGUGAGCUCAUAUGGGAGGGGAAACUUUUUCUGUCAUGCAUAUUGUAUUACCUAAAAUUAAUGAAAAAGAAUGACUUUUCAAAAGCAUCAUUUCCUCAUAUUCACCCCUGCACAUUUUAAUAAGCAGAUUCAUUAAUCAACCUAACCAUCAAUGAAUAAUAUAUCUACUUGGAAGCAAGUCCUGUCUUCAGUGGGAUUUAUCCGCAGACAAAUCUGUCUAGAACAUUUAUAAAACUGUAAUUAUUCAGAUUUUGCUGAAUUGUACCUCGUGGCACUCAUCCCCAUUGCUCCAUGCAGUAAGGGUGCUGUGCUCAGCUACACUUGGCAUUUUAGCAAAUCCCCUCUCCUAUUGCAGAGCUACAGUACGAAUGAUGGCACACAGUUUCUAGUGCACAAACUGUAAUAUAUCCUGAAACGUUUAUUUAUUUCAUGAUUGAUUGCCCAUCAAAAGCACUUUUCUGGGAAUCAACCACUCAUCCUACUUUAGUAUCCCUCAAUAAACCAUGCACUUACUUUCCAUCAAUACCCAAACAGGAAGUUAUUUAUUAGAGCAACUCUAAUUUUUAUAGCCAGAUAAAAAUUCUUUUCCCUGCCUGUGCAUUGAUUAGCUUUUUUUAAAAAAGAAAAAAUUACAAUUUGUAACUGCUUUAUUCCAUCAAUGGUUUUCAAUGCUAAGCUGAUUUUAGCUACUGGGUUGUGGGUUUUUAUUAUUAUUAUAAAUACUGCCUCUGAAGUCUAAUGUGAAAAAGACCUAUAAAUGUUCUCAAUCAACUCGCACAAUAAGAGUUAACAUUAUCCUGUCCUAGAAAGUACUUACUUUUUGCCCAUCAUGUUCGUUCCUGGUAGCAUGGCAACUAUUGGUUUCAUCAUGUCAUAAUAUUACUCACAAAACAUCUUUAUUUGAGGACAGAAGAAUCUCCCAGAGAGUACAAUUCUUUCCUUCUGGAACCCAAGGUGACUAUUUUAAGCAGUGGAUUUUAAGUAAAAUGAAAGGGCAAUACAGAGUUAUUGAUUUUAAUUCUGUUCAUUGUUCCUUUAUUUCCAGAGUCAGGCAUCUGUCUUCCUUCACUGGUCCCCUUUUAUUAUAGAUAGUCGUAAUGUAGAAGAAGAUGCUAACUUAGGCUAUCUGUUUAUAGCCUUAGGCUAUCUUUUUAUAAUUCUCCAGGCACUAGCUGAACCAUAAAAUAACAAAUUUCCAGAGAAAAACAUUGCAAGACUAAUAAACCAGCAUCAAAUAUUUCCAACUGUCUAACACGCUAAUUUGCCCUCCAUUAAAAAAGUCUUUGAAAAGAUUCCCCACUCCUAACCCACUUCAACAGCUUCUAAUAUAAUCCUGGUACAAAACCAUUUUUGCUUAUUAAAGCCUUGUCAAGCACCUUUGCUUUUGUAGAUGUUCUUCGCACUUUCUGCAAAGGAAGAAUAAUUUGAUUUUCUCUCUGCUUUAGAACAUCAGAACUAUUCUUCUGAGGAUCUAAUUAGAUUGCACCCUGUCUAAGCCUCACACUCUAGAAGCGAUUACAACAUAAUGGGCUCCAGGCUUUGGUUUGUGUUUGUGUAUACUUCCAUUUCCAUACAACACAAGUCAGGACGUAUUAGACUAGUGUAGGUGCAAACAUACUGUAUGAUACGGGGAACUAAGGUUAGGCAUAUAAAGAGAGGCCUUACACCAAAUCAGAUUAUCAGGUGUCUAUUAUUUAUCUACCUAGAAUUGUGAGGGUUGACUGGCUGCAGGUCCUCUGGUUCUGAUUUGGAGGCAGAUUAGAAAAAAAUACAGUCUGAUCUUUUCUUAGCCCUUCACCUGCAAAUGAAUCACAAAAGUGAAUAUAUAGCUUCUGCUUGUAAUUAUAGCUCCACAACGACUAAGAGGCUUUAAGAGUUGUAAACCUAAUCUUAUGUAGCUUCUUCUCCAGAAACACUACACUACUUACCAGAGCUUAUAAAACAUUUGCUAGACCAAUUCUUGAAUACAGCUCGCCUGUCUGGAACCCAUACCACAUUUCAGACAUCAAUACAAUUGAACGUGUCCAGAAAUAUUUUACAAGAAGAGUUCUCCACUCCUCUGAAUACAACAAAAUACCUUAUGCCACCAGACUUGAAAUCCUGGGUUUAGAAAACUUAGAACUCCGCCACCUUUGACAGGACCUGUGUUUAACUCAUAGAAUCAUCUAUUGCAAUGUCCUUCCUGUUAAAGACUACUUCAGCUUCAAUCGCAACAAUACAAGGGCAAACAAUAGAUUUAAACUUAAUAUUAACCGCUUCAAUCUUGAUUGCAGAAAAUAUGACUUCUGUAACAGAGUUGUUAAUGCUUGGAACACACUACCUGAUUCUGUGGUCUCUUCUCAAAAUCCCCAAAGCUUUAACCAAAAACUGUCUACUAUUGACCUCACCCCAUUCCUAAGAGGUCCGUAAGGGGCAUGCACAAGAGCACAAACGUGCCUACCAUUCCUGUCCUAUUGUUUUCUUUCAUUAUAUCCAAUUAAUUUAGUUAUUGCAUGCUUAUGCUUAUAUAUAUAUAUAUAUGUGUGUGUGUGUGUGUGUGUGUGUGUGUGUGUUAUAUAGUUACUUUCAUGCUUAUACUUAUAUAUACUGUUGUGACAAAAUAAAUAAAUAAAUAAAUAAAUAAAUAAAUAAAUAAAUAAAUAAAAUAAACUACUGCGUUAGGUAGAUUGGAUUGGGAGAGAAGGAGGGGGACCAAUCCAAAAUCAUCCAAGAAAUUUGGACAGAAUGAGGACUUGGAUCUGGAGCUCCAAGAUGCUAACACCCUAGAAAGAGCGUAGAGAAGAAAAAUACCCACACAAGGCCUUUUAUUCUCACUAAUGCUUUUCUGAGAAACGCUUGCCUUUUUCAAGCAUUCUCAUUUAAUGAAAAAUAAAUAACUUUCCCUUUUUAAGUAAAACAAAAACAAAAUUAAGAAAAAUUAAAAUAUACACUUAAUAGAAACAUAGAAAACUGAUGACAGAAAAAGACCUAUGGGUUCAUUGACUGCCCUUUGAAGGGAUUUUUCUUGCUGUUAUUGUCUUUUUAAUUAAUUAAUUAUUUUAAUUAAUAUUUCUAUUUUAAUACAAUUAAUUAAAAUUUAAUUAUUAAAUAAAUUUAAUUAGUCUGAGAAUGCAAUAGGAAACAAAAUUUGGGAGAAUUGGAAUAUAAAUUUCAGCCUAACUAGAUUAUACUUUGCAAUUGUGCCAUAAUAAUAUACACUGCUCAAAAAAAUAAAGGGAACACAAAAAUACUGUAAGACAUCCUAGAUCUGAAGGAAUGACAUAUUCUUAUAAAAUACAGUACAUUGUGUUGGGUAGGUGUUCCCUUUGUUUUUUUGAGCAGUAUAGUUGUCUGACUUUGACUUAGCAAGUUAUACGAAUUCAGACAUUCAUUAUUUGUACUGUACAUCUGGUUUAGCCUAGUGCAUAAUCCUGCUAACUGUGGCUUGGUCAACCAUGCAUAGUGUAGCAAACCAUAACAAUUCAUGACUUACUACGAAGCAUGAACCCAGUUUGGAUCAGAUAGCAAUGGAGCCAAUUCAAACUCUAUCAUUUUCCCCUGUCAGUACUAUAUCUGUUGUGUUAUUGAAUUAUCACAUGCUUUGUCCUAUGUGACCAAAACAUCUCAUGCCAAGAAGUAUGAUCAAUGAAUUAUAAAUGUGCCCGGUGAAAACUAAUUACUUUGUGGUCUCUGAUUAUACCGGAUAGAUGAGCUUUAAAAAAGGACAUGGCGUAAACAGCAUAACCAUAGAAGCACGGCUAAUUGCUUGCUUUGCAACAUGGCAAUCUUCUCCUAUAAUCUACCUGUCCUGGGUUAAGUAAUUAUUUCACAGGUGAUGCAUAUCCAUGGUAUUGCUCAGGGAUGCUUAGACUUAAAAAUAUAAGCUUCCAUUUGAAUUCCUGAAAUAUGAACUUACCUUUAAAAAGUGCUUUGCAUUUGAAUAUUUAAUGUUUAAAUGUGAAUUUGAAUAGAUCAGGCACCCAACAAAAUUCCUAUUAGGAAACACGGUUUUAUUUUUAAUUUUCCAGCUACUGCCAUUAUAGUUGUAAUUUACUACAUUGGUCUAGAGCACAGGUUGUGACUGGUACACACAUCACACUAAGCUUUGCUUAAUCAUGGCUCAUGGAAUAAACCAAGGUCACCUAGGUUAACACAAAAUGCUAAACUAAAACUCAAAUUAUGAAUUGGUAUUAUUUAUUUAUUUAUUUAUUUAUUUAUUUAUUUAUUUAUUUUGUCGCACAGUAUAUAUAAGCAUAAGUAUGAAAUAACUAUACAAUAUAUAAGCAUAUAUAUGAGUAUAUAAUAACUAUAUUAAUUGGAUAUAACAAAAGGAAACAAUAGGACAGGAACGGUAGGCACGUUUGUGCUCUUAUGCACGCCCCUUACAGACCUCUUAGACAAAUCUAGGAAGUUGCAUGGCUAACAGUUGUCAACUAAAUCUUCAUCUCAGAGGUCCAUUAGCUCUUUCCUAGAACAUUCAAGAGCCAUACCACACCAAAGAAAUCGCAUCAAAAGAAGGAGAGAAAACAAUCUAACUCAGAAAUGGAUAAUAUUGUAAAGGGGCACAAUCUGGAGUUGGUUCCAAAAUAGAGCAAAGCAUUCAUAAGGACAUUUAUUUUGCAAUGUCCUGAGUUUGCACCAAAGCUACAAACCAUGGUUUAUAAAAUGAAAUGGCUAGUUUUAUGCAACACACAAAAUUGAAAGCAAGCAAGCUAAUUGUGGCUUAGUUUGAUAUCUGAAGUGAGAAUGCGAAUUACUCUGAUUGAGUAGUUCUCUGAGUUCUCCAGAACAGAGAGAAGAAAGUCAGAAGCCUGCCUGCCUGCCUAUUUUUAUAGUACUUUUUUUCUCUUUCCCAUCUUAUUUGCUUUUCUUUCCAAUUAAAAAAAAUCUAAUCAAGUAAUCUUAAAACAGAGAGGGAUCUCUCAGACAUCUUAACUUAAGGCAGCACUGCAGGAUCAGUCCCAGUGGUGGGAUUCAGCCAGUUUGCACCACUUCGGGAGAACCGGUUGUUAACUUUCUGAGCAGUUUGGCGAACCGGUUGUUGGAAGAAAUCAUUAGGGCAGAGAACCGGUUGUUAAAUUAUUUGAAUCCCACCACUGAUCAAUCCCUGCUAUUUUUCGAGAAGCAGUAAGACAGCAGGUGAGCUUCAAGCACUAAAGAAGCAAUAGCAGCAUUUUCUAGUCCUUGAAAUCUAGAGAGAGACACACACACACCUUUCUGAUAUGAAGAAUUACAAAAGUUGUUAGUAAGUUAGGGAAGCUGAUUCUGAGCAGAGGAAAUGAAGAUGAGAGGAUCAUAGGAGCAAGUGAUUAGUAAGAAAAUCAUUCACAGCCCACAGGAUAAGCUGGGAAAUUAUUUGAACAGUGAUUUUUUCUGAGUCAUGCAAUGAUGCUCCCAACAAUAGGGAGUGAUUGCCAAAGAUGAGUGUCAAUCAAGCUUAUUAUGAAGCCUAGAAAUACUGUAAAGUGGUUUUGAGGAGGUUGGGUGGGCAUUAUCCCCAAAGGAGGUCAUGAAGUGAGAUGGUGCAAUCUCUUUUUUUUGGUAGGACCCUCCAUUCCAAAAGUAAAUGUUACCCUCAGAGCUGAGCAUCAGUAAAUACAUUAGAAUCAUCUGCUAUGUUGCAGUGUGGACUACUACCGAAUAAAUAUAAAUAAAUAAAUAUGUCGUAUCCUAGCGGUGGCUCAGGGGCUAGGACGUUGAGCUUGUCGAUCGAAAGGUCGGCAGCUCGGCGGUUCGAAUCCCUAGUGCUGCCGUGUAACGGGGAGAGCUCCCGUUACUUGUCCCAGCUUCUGCCAACUUAGCAGUUCGAAAGCAUGUAAAAAUGCAAGUAGAAAAAAUAGGGACCACCUUUGGUGGGAAGGUAACAGUGUUCCGUGCGCCUUUGGCAUUGAGUCAUGCCGGCCACAUGACCACGGAGACGUCUUCGGACAGUGCUGGCUCUUCGGCUUUGAAACGGAGAUGAUUACCGCCCCCUAGAGUCGGAAACGACUAGCACAUAUGUGCGAGGGGAACCUUUACCUUUCUGUGGGAGAAGAAAUUGGAAUCUGCAAUACUCAAGAUCAACCAACUGACUUUGUAUCUAAGUCGCGGCUAGAACUCACAGUCACCUGGUUUCCAACCCAGUGCCUUAACCACUGUACAAACUGGCUCUCCAUAGGGCAGGGGAAUUCUGGAAGUUGAAGUCCUCCAGGCUUAAAGUUACCAAGGCUGGAGACCCCUGCUGUAGGGAACGUGAAAAAUUACACCCUAUUGCAGGUUGCUUAAGAAAUAAAAGAAGGCUGUAACUUUAGGUACAGGUCUGUGGCUGAGCAAAAAUGCAGGAAUGCAAAUCCAAAUACAUAUAUUUUUUUACUUUCCCACUCCUAAAGCACAUUCUUCAGCUGCUGCAUUAAGUUGAAUAAACAAGCACACACAAAAUGGCUUAGUGUAUGGAAGCAUCUGGUCAACAUGCAUGGGAACAUAAGAACACAAUUUUCAUUGAAUUAGUAACCUUUAAAAGACUGGAAAAUUAUUUUGGCUGAAAAGUGUAUGGAACAGCAAAGCUUUAAACCCCCCUAGAAUUUGAAGGAUAAAUUAAUAGGUCUGAUUUUCAGGUACUUAUAAUAUUAAUAUUUUUAAAAAUAUACUACCUUCAUUUUUAGAGAUGCUAUUCUGGAAAGAUAUUGAAUGUGGAUAAUUAAAUGUGUAUUUCUUUUUAUGAUUACACAUGUUUGAAUGCUCCCAAAUUUUGUUUUGUUCCUUAUUAUUUCUGACUUUAGCUUCCUUUCCAUGCCAAAUCCAUCUAAAGCUGGUGUUUAUUUCUUAUUCUGAAAAUACGGACAUACCUACAGCCUAAGGAGAGCUCAGCCGGAUUUGAGCAGGAUCCAUUUGCUUCAAUGAUUACUACUUUAACCAGCCUUUACCCUUAGUUCUUCUUCCAUAUGUGAAGGAUUUGAUGUCUGUUUUUCAAUAGUUGUGUUGAAGAGAUUUCAACAAGCAUGGCUCCCAUUAAGGUUUGGAGAGUUCUGGAAAUAAAUAUAUGCCAAGGAACUCCCCCUCCCUUUAAAAACCAGGUUAUAAACAAACCACCUCUACUGCUUCUUUCCUUUUCAGGUUUUUAAUUAACUUUCUGCCAGGCAACCUGUAAUGAGUGACAUAAUUCAGACUUUUCAUGGUUUGUACAACUCUUAUAUAGGCAAAGCCAUGGAGGGAUAUAGUACAGGAAAUACUCAAUUUACAACUAUUCAUUUAGUGGCGGUUUGAAGUCACAAUGGCACUGAAAAAAGUGACUCAUGACUGUAUUUCAUACAAUUGUUGCAACAUUCCCAUGGUCACAUGAUCAAAAUUUAGACACUUAGCAGCUGGAAUGUAUUUAUGAUGGUUGCAGUGUCCCAAGAUCAAGUGAUCACAUUCUGAUAAGCAAAGUCAAUGGGGAAGCCAUAUUCCCUUACUAACUUAACAAUGGUAGUGAUUCACUUAAGAAUUGUGGCAAGAAAGGUCAUAAAAUGGGGCAAAACUCACUAAACAAUGGUCUUGUUUAACAGAAAUGUGGGGGUAAAUUGUGGUCAUAAGUCCAGGACUACUUGUUUUUAAAAGGUUUAAUAGAAGGAAACCAGGAGCUGCCAGGGUGAAAAAAUGCUUAAGAGCACUGACUCAAAUAUCCAGCUAUACCUGAUGAUACAGGUUAAGAGUUUAAUGGGAAAAUAGAAAUUAACAAGAAUAUAAAAAUACUGUAUUGGUCCACCCAAACGUUAUUCAUUUAUCCACUCAACUCAGUUUUCCUUUUAUACCAGCACUGUGUGGAAAUUUGCUUUGCAAUUUGUUGAGAGUUUUCUUCCUGUGAAAAGUCUAUAAUGAUGUUGAUGAGUCAUCUCACCAGAUUCUUUAGAAGUCACCAGGUAAAACUAGAUUUAAUUGCAUAUUACUAAAGUAUUUCCGGGACUUUUCAGCUAUGGCUGUGUUUUUCUUUCAGAUCAAUAACAAACUUGUAUCUUAACUUCCCAGCUAGUAUGCUCUUUUAGCUUCUGCAUGUUGCUCACGUGUUCUCACGUGGGCGACAUGCUCCACUUGUAAAUAAGAAUCAGUUAGUAAACUAGUCCCACUUCCUUGUUUCCAAAUGUUAAAAACAAGAUAAAAACUAAUCUUACUAUUUGCCUGUUGUACAUGUUUAAGAACACACACAUUCUCCUCAUAGCUGAAGCACCUCAAAUAUAUUCUGUAAAUUUGUGAUUUGCCAGGAAAUUAUUGCAGGGAGGAUCUGUUUAGA